GAGAUUUUGAGAAACGGCCACGUAAUCCAGUGAAACCUCUUUUAUAAUCGAAAAAUGUCACAUCUCUUAGUCACCUCUGUACUCAAUAUAUAUAUAAUUUUAUAGAGGACUUCUCUUCUCACCUUGCCUGCUAUACUCCUCUCACGUUUCAGUAUCUUCUCCGACCUUCGACUGCCCGCAACGGUCACUCGAAUCAUGGCUCUUUCUUUGGCCAAGGCGGCCCGUUUUGGCCGUGAAUUGGCACUGGUUAUGGGAUUUGCCACCAUCAUCGUCGCGGUGGGAGCUGCAGGCGGACAGCUUCGAGUUGGGUUCUACUCAAAGAGCUGCCCCGCGGCCGAGUCUAUUGUUCAGAAUGUUGUCAAAGCAGCUGUUGCCGCUGAUCGCCAAAAUGCCGCCGUCCUCCUCAGGGUCCACUUCCAUGACUGCUUCGUGGAGGGAUGCGAUGCAUCGAUACUGGUCGACAAUGGUCCUAACAGUGAAAUGCAUGCGUUCGGUCACCAAGGUGUCCACGGUUUUGAAAUUAUUGAGGAGGCGAAAGCUCGACUGGAGCAAGCCUGCCCCAGGGUGGUCUCUUGUGCAGAUAUCGUGGCCUUAGCGGCAAGAGAUUCUGUCGUAUUGAGCAAUGGGCCAUUUUAUGAGGUGGAGACGGGCCGGAGAGAUGGCCGGGUAUCUAGUAUGUCCCUGGCAGCAGAUAUGCCGGAUGUGCACGACUCGAUCCAGCUACUCAAGUCGAAAUUCAAGCGGAAGGGACUUUCGGAUAAAGAUCUAGUCCUCCUUUCCGCGGCACAUACUAUCGGUACGACUGCAUGCUUCUUCGUGAAGGAGAGACUCUACAACUUCACUUCCCAUGGCGGGUCUGACCCGGCCAUCAACCCCAGGUUCCUGCAGACACUCAAAAAAACAUGCGCGGCGAAUGGAGACGUCAAUGUGAGGCUCCCACUUGAUCCGGUGACCGAAUUAAAGUUCGAUGCUCAGAUCCUCCGCAACAUAAAGAAUGGCUUUGCUGUGAUAGCUUCUGAUGCCAGACUCCAUGAUGACAUGAACACCAAGAGCGCAAUCGACUUCUAUGUCCGUAAUAACAAAUCUAAGAACAAGUCGCCCUUUGGGCCUGAUUUCGGGUCUGCAAUGGUGAAGAUGGGCCGGACUGGUGUCAAGACGGGCUCGCAAGGUGAGAUCAGGCAUGUUUGCAAGUCGUUCAACUGAUGAUCGAUGGAUGUUGUAUUCGUCGACUUAAUCCAUAAAAUCAUAGAUAUAUAUGGUAAAGGUUUAGGACGGAGCUGCAUAUAUAAUGGGUGAGAAGCAUAUACAAUCUCGUAAAUGGUAUGCAAUUAUUCUACCAUGAUACAAUGUAAGCUUCGUUUUGCUAAGAAUAGAGGCUUAUCUCAUCACACAAGGCCUAUUGCUUAA